AUGAAUGUAUUUGUUUUAACUUUUUUUAUUUGCAUUAUUUAUUUAUUAUUCGAUUUGAUUAAAAAAAAUAAAAAAUUAAAAGAUGAACCACCAACACCAAAAUUAGCAUUACCAUUAAUAGGACAUUUAUAUUUAUUAGGUGAUAGACCAAAUAGAUCAUUUUUAGAAUUAUCAAAACGAUACGGUGGAAUUUUUAAGAUUUGGAUGGGAGAAUAUCCAACAGUUGUUUUGACUGAUCCUGAUCAUGUUAAUGAAGUAUGGUGUAAACAAUUUCUAAAUUUUACAAAUAGACCACACUUUAAUAGUUUAGAUCAAUUCUCAUCAGGUUUUAGAAAUUUAUCAUUUAGUGAUUAUCCACUUUGGUCAGAACUUAGAAAAUUAGUUUCUUCAUCCUUCACAAAAUCAAAAGUUAAAGGAAUUUCAAACUUAUUAGAAACUCAAACAAAUUAUUUAAUUAAUACAAUGAAUAAUUAUUCAAUUAAUAAUAAACCUUUUAAUCCAAAGAAAUAUAUUCAUAAAUUAACAUUAAAUGUAGUUUGUAUGAUUGCAUUUAGUAAAGAGAUAAAGAAUGAUGAGGAUGUUAAUGAGGGUGAUAUGGCAAGAUUGACAAAACCAAAAGAGAUGAUAUUAAAACAUUUAGGGUCAAGUAAUUUUUGUGAUUUCGUUCCAUUGGUUAGACCAUUAUUUUAUUUAAAGAAUAAAAGAUUCGAUCAAACAUUAAAGCAAGUUAGAGAGUAUAUUAAAGAGAUUUAUGAUGACCAUCUAUUGAAUUUAGAUUUAAAUAGUCCUCCAAAAGAUAUAAUGGAUCUAUUGAUAAUGUCAACUAAUGAUUCUAAAGAGGAUAUAAUCAUUCAAACUUGUAUUGAUUUUUUAAUUGCUGGUAGUGAUACUGUUGGUGUUACAAUUGAAUGGUUUUUAGUUUAUAUAUCAAAUAAUCCAAUAAUUCAAGAAAAAUGUUUUAAUGAAUUAUUUAAUGCUUUUAGUAAUUCUAAUAAUACUGAUAAUAAUAAUAAUAAUUCAACAAUAACAACAGCAAUAGGAUUUGGUGACGAAUAUUCAAGUAAAACACCAUUUUUAAAUGCAUGCAUUAAAGAAGUUUUAAGAAUUAAACCAGUUACAUCAUUAGGUUUACCACGUAUUGCAAAUGAUGAUACUUUUGUAAAUGGUUAUAGAAUUCCAAAAGGAACUCAAAUCAUUGAAAAUAUUUAUGGUCUUUCAAAUUCUGAUCAAUUAAUAGAUGAUCCUACAACUUUUAAUCCUUAUCGUUGGUUGGAAUAUCAAAAAUUAAAAUCAUUUCAAAAUGAUUUAAAACAACAACAACAACAACAACAACAACAACAACAACAACAACAACAACUACAACUACAACAAGAACAACAAGAACAAGAACAACAAAAAAUUAAUUUAGAAUUUAAUAAUAAUAAUAAUAAUAAUAAUAAUAAUAAUAAUAAUAAUAGUAAUAAUAAACAUAAAUAUUAUAAUGAUUUAGAUAAAAUUUCAAUUCCAUUUUCAACUGGUAGAAGGGGAUGUGUUGGUGUACAAUUAGGUGAAGCAGAGUUAUAUAUCGUUUGUGCAAAUUUAGUUUAUAAUUUCAAAAUUGAAUCAUGGGAUGGUAAAAAAAUAAAUGAAUUGGAAGAUUUUGGUAUUAUUAUUCACCCUUCUUCUCAUAAUUUAAAAAUUACAAAAAGAAAUAAUAAAUAA